CACACGGCGAAUCCAAGGAUUUCGUUUCAUUUAUUCCCCCUCCUCUGGAACAUAUAAUCUGCCGAGAUUUGCAAGCCAUGCAGAGCCAUCAAUCAGCCGCAUAUUUUUCUCCCGGAAUCAGUUUCUUGCUUCAGUCCAUGUCCAUCCAUCAGGUUCAGGCUCCCUCCAUGACCAAGUUUUCAAGUUUCUGCACGCACACCUACUGUCUGACCCUUCCAAACCUGGGCAGACGAAACGAAACCUUGAGCAUGGAGCAGAGUAGAGCAGUUGCUGAGUCCCGAGUCACCUAACCGGAACACGCAGGAAACCUACCAGAAAAAUGCAAGGCAAGGCCGCAACUAGACUAUCAGAACCUUCUCCCAUCCAUGGCCGGAAUUGUUUAGCCGAGUCCGUCUCCGCUGCUGCGGCUGGGGCAGGGCAGGGCAGGGCAGGGCGGCUAGGGUUCUUCCACCCCUUCUUCAAACACGCGUGACAGCGACCCGUACCAUCUCCCCCUCGGGCCCGGCCGUUUCUUUCUUUAUCCCCCCUCCCUCUCUGAUUUAUACGCCGUGCCUUUGCUGAGCAGAAAAGCAGAGGGAUCAACACGCUUCCGGCAGGGGACACCCACGGGUCCUUCCGCUGCCGUUUAUAUUUAUCUAGCCGCAUGCACAUCACGUUCUCCCGGGCGAUGCGUUGCAUUUGCCAUUGCGGGUCGCGAGUAGAGAGGGAGGCGGCUGAGGAUUGGUUUCAGGUUGCUUUUGGGUGCCCGAUCUCCUGGCCGCUUCAGAAUCGCCGCCCGUGACCCCCCUUGAUAAAGAGGGAGCUUUCUUCUAGCAGUAUCCGCCGAGAGAAGUAGAGAUAGAGGUUAGGGAUUGAGAGAGAUAGAAGGUCCAUCAGUUGGUACUGCUGGAUCAAUUGAUAAGGGCGGUCAGCCAAAGCUAGGCGGGCAUGGGUUCUUGCGUGUCGUCGACGAGGCAGCGGCGGCGGUCGAGGAAGCUGUCGGUGGCGGCGAGGAAGUUCCGGCGGAAGGUCUCCGCUGCGAUCGCCGAUGCGCCGAUCAUCCGCGGCGCCGGCGACGCGGCCGGCUGCUUCACCCGGCACGGGGUCGUCCACGUCGAGGCGCCGGACUCCAACGUCACGCUGCACCUCACCAAGCUGCAGUGGCAGCACAGCCAGAUGGAUGCAGGGAGCGUGGUUUGUGAGGAAGCAUGGUACGAUUCUGUCAGCAUCCUGGAAUCAACGGACUCCGACGACGAUCUCGACAACGAUUUCGCCAGCGUCAGCGGAGAUCCUCUCCCUGAUGUCACCGGCGGCGCAAACGCCCAGCAGGCGCCGUCCCCGUGCAAGGACGCGGCGUGCUUGCUGGGCACCGUGCAGCUCCUCAGGAGCAUCGCAAAUGCAGAAGCAUGCGAGGGCGAACCCCCGGAGAAGAGAGAUGACUCGAGUGCUGCUACCACCGCAACUAAUGGCACCAGCAGCUGCAAAGCCGAGGAGUGUUGCAGCAGCGCAGCGAGAGAAUUUCAGGGCGCCGUGCCAUGCUCGCACAGGCCUUUUCCGGCAUCGAUUCCGAGCAACAAGGUCCAGCCGAUGCCCAUCGUCGGUGUCAGCCCGCACCAGCAGCAGAAGAAGAAAACAGCCAUGGUCAGGCUCUCAUUCAGGAGAAGGUCCUACGAGGGUGACGAGAUGACUGAAAUGUGUGGCUCUGCAAAUUAUCUGUACCGUCCGAGGGCGGGUUUCACGGUGCCCUGCUCGACAGGCGAGAAAAUGUCAGAGGGCUGCUGGUCGGUUCUUGAGCCAUCGACGUUCAGAGUCCGAGGGGAGAGUUUCUUCAAAGACAAGAGGAAGUCCCCGGCUCCGGACUGCUCCCCGUACACCCCAAUCGGAGCAGACAUGUUUGCCUGCACAAGGAAGAUUCACCACAUUGCGCAGCACCUCUCGCUUCCGUCUCUGAAGACUCAUGAGACCUUUCCUUCCCUCCUCAUUGUCAACAUUCAGUUGCCUACCUAUCCUGCUAGUGUGUUCGGCGAUAACGACGGUGACGGGAUAAGCCUAGUUCUGUAUUUCAAGCUAUCUGACAGCUUCGACAAGGAGAUCUCUCCUCAAUUGCAGGACAGCAUCGAGAGGCUUAUGAAUGAGGAAAUGGAAAAGGUGAGGGGGUUCCCAGUAGACAGCACGGUUCCCUACACAGAGAGGCUGAAAAUUCUGGCUGGUUUGGCAAACCCUGAAGACUUGCAGCUCAGCACAGCUGAAAGGAAGCUUGUGCAGACCUACAACCAGAAGCCUGUGCUUUCUCGCCCACAACACAAAUUCUACAAGGGUCCAAAUUACUUCGAGAUCGAUCUCGAUGUGCAUCGGUUCAGCUUCAUAUCGAGGAAAGGGCUCGAGACCUUCCGGGAGCGGCUCAAGCAUGGUGUUCUUGAUCUUGGCCUAACCAUUCAGGCACAGAAGGUUGAGGAGCUGCCGGAGCACGUCCUGUGCUGCAUGAGGCUGAACAAGAUCGACUUCGCCGACAACGGGCAGAUACCGACGCUGAUAACGGCAGCUGAUGAGUGAAUCUGUCAUGUCGCUGAAAGGCACUAACUUUCAGGAAAAGCAAAAGAGAAUGUCGUCGUUCGUGGAUGUUCUUUUAGAUGCUGUUGUAUAGAUCGGAGAUAGUUGUAGGAACUAACUCAUCAUGUUCGUGCAGUAAAUUGCACGCAGAUUUGUGUAAAUACUUGUUGAUCAUUGCCCCAAAGGAAAAGGAAAGAAAAGGCAUUUGGAGCAAUCUGCAGUCUGAAGAUGUAUUAUGUACACAGUACAUGUCUGUUUUUUUCAGUUGAUGCCUACUAAUGGUUCAGCCA